GCAAACAAGCUGAAGUGCAGCCUGCUCGGACUCAGGGAGACAGCAAAGAGAUAAACACAUCAAGUUCACUGCAGGGUUUGUUUUAUAGAUAAAAAUGAAGCUACUUUUUGUUCUCAGUCUGAUGGUUUUCAUGCCAACGAUGGUUGAACCAGCUCCUACUGAAGAACGACCCACAUGGCCAAGAACAACAGGAAGUUCUGAAAUAAAUCUAGACGGGAGGAUGUUCACUUUGUCUCGUAAUUAUGGAGGAGUAAUCUUCUAUCACCCCAAUUAUCAUUUCCAAACUCCCUACCCAACCAGAAGCUACAAAGUCGGAGCUCCAAACACCACCACCAAACAUCCAAACACCACCACCACCACCAAACAUCCAAACACCACCACUACCACCAAACAUCCAAACGCCACCACUACCACCAAACAUCCAAACACCACCACCACCAAAGCUACAACUACACAGAGUCCAACCAGAAGUGUGUCGGUGUGUCUGCGUUACAUGACUGAUGCCGUGCAGCCAACCUUCCCACUCUUCACUCUCAGUCCAGACACAUCCCCUCUGAGUCUCCAGGGUAGCUUUCACACGUUCAUGCUGUCCUAUUAUGGUUCCUUCAGUGUGGACCUGCAGCCCAUUGUCCACUUAUGGCCAGACAUUAAGCAGGACAUCUGGACCAGUGUCUGCCUCACUGUGGACACCAGUAAGAGUGUGGUCCAGAUGUUCAGUGGCGGGUAUAUGAGCCCCAGGAAGGUGAUGCCUUAUCAGUAUGUGUGGUCAGGCGAGCCUGUGAUUAGUUUCCCAGGUUUUGAUGGUCAGCUGACAGACGUCCAGGUGUGGGACUAUCCUCUGCAAUAUAGAGACAUCUUCUACUACAUGAGCAGAAGUUAUUACGGGUCUUACAGCGGCUCCGUCAUCUCCUGGUCCAACAUCAGCUACAAUAACAGAGGAAGGGCAGUCUUGGAGGACAACUUUGGCAUGCGAGCAAAAGUUGAGCAAGAGAGUAGACGGAGGGAAAAGAAGAUGAGAUUCUUCAGUGUGGAGGAAAACAAGCUGCUGCUUUAAUGACAGAAGAUGAAACUGUCAUGUGAAGCUGAGAGCUUCUUUUGUAUUAAUGCAUAUAUCAGAGUUCACUUCAUGCAGCUGUACAGUGUAAUCCAUUAUCUUUUAUCUUUGUUUCACCAGCCUUUUUUGUUUUUGUUUGUUUUUUCGAUCAUAAUCACUUGAAAUCUGAAAUGUCGGUGGAAGUUUUCACAGAGGUGAAGGCUGAGGUUAAUUUUCCAUUUGACUUCUAAAGGACAGUCUUACUGGGCUUACCCUGUAAAGGAAAUGAAGAAAUAAUUUACUUUAUGACUUAAAUAUCUAUCUAU